CGCGGCAUCUUGAGCAGUUUUCCGUCUUUGGGGGAGUUUUGCAGCGAUUCAACAGGCGACUCAGCCCGGACUGUGUAUCAACUAACUUCCAGAAGUUGAUCCAGACUCACAUGGCGACAGCAGGCCGCAUACAUGGUUUGGAUGACGACGAGAGAAGGCCAGAAGGGGCUUCUGCCGACACUGUUUCCACCUGGCAAGGUGGAUCAGCAGGGGGUUCUGCCGACACUGUUUCAACCUGGCAAAGAGAAUCAGCAGGGGGUUCUGCCAACAUCGUUUCCACUUGGCAAGGAGGAUCAGCAAAGGGUUCUGCGAGCACCGUUUCCACCUGGCAAAGAGGAUCAGCAGGGGGUUCUGCCAAUACCGUUUCCACCUGGCAAGGAGAAAGCUGUCAGGAGUCUGGAGAGGAAACCGGGAGGCAGGACAAAGGUGUGAAAGUGUUCAGGUGUGAGGAGUGCGGCAAGCAGUUCAGUUAUCUUAGUGCUCUGGAGACUCACAUGUGGACUCACACUGGGGAGAAAUCCUACAAGUGCGAGGAGUGUGGCAGGCAGUUUAAUCGGCUGUUUCAUCUGAAAAGUCACAUUCAGACUCACACUGGUGAAAAACCAUACAUGUGUGGAGAGUGUGGCAGGCAAUUCAGCCGGCUGGAUAAUCUGAAGACUAACAUGCGGACUCACACAGAGGAGAAACAUUACAUGUGUGGGGAAUGCAGCAGGCGGUUCAGUGAGCUCGGAAGUCUGAAGACACACAUGCGGACUCACACAGGGGAGAAACCCUACAUGUGUGAGGAGUGCGGCAAGCAGUUCAGUAAGCUGGGUAAUCUGAAGAAACACAUGAGGACUCACACAGGGGAGAAACCCUACUUGUGUGAGGAAUGCAGCAGGCAGUUCAGUGAGCUUGGAAGUCUGAAGAAACACAUGCGGACUCACACAGGGGAGAAACCCUACAUGUGUGAGAAGUGCAGCAGGCAGUUCAAUGAGCUGGGUAAUCUGAAGAAGCACAUGCAGACUCACACUGGUGAGAAACCCUACAGGUGUGAGGAGUGCAGCAGGCAGUUUAGUGAACCGGGUAGUCUGAAGAAACACAUGCGGACUCACACUGGAGAGAAACCCUACAGAUGUGAGGAGUGUGGCAGGCAGUUCAGUGAGCUAGGUAGUCUGAAGAGCCACAUGCGGACUCACACAGGAGAGAAACCCUACAGAUGUGAGGAGUGCGGCAGGCAGUUUGGACACCCAAAUAGUCUGAAGAGGCACAUGCAAACUCACAGGAGAGAAACCCAACAGGAGUAAAGACUGGCAUGCUGUUAAGCGCCAAAGUGUCGUUAUAAGACAAUUUGACGCACAAUCUGAGUAACCUUUGUUUGUGUAA